GCACACUUCCGCUUCCGGUCCGUGCCCUUGGGGCUCCGUGUCCUGCUGUCUUUCCGUCCGCUGCCUAGUCUGCGUCUGGGUAACAUGGCGGCGGCGGCGGCAGCAGCUAGGCUGUGGUGGCGUGGAAUCGUGGGGGCCGCGGCGCUGACCAGGGGGGCUGGGCGAACCUCAGUUCUGUUGCUGCCGGUGAGGCGGGAGAGCGCCGGGGCCAACACGCGCCCCACUGUCAGACCACGGAAUGAUGUGGCCCACAAGCAGCUCUCAGCUUUUGGAGAGUAUGUGGCUGAAAUCUUGCCCAAGUAUGUCCAACAAGUUCAGGUGUCCUGCUUCAAUGAGUUAGAGGUCUGUAUCCAUCCUGAUGGCGUCAUCCCAGUGCUGACUUUCCUCAGGGAUCACACCAAUGCACAGUUCAAAUCCCUGGUUGACUUGACAGCAGUGGAUGUCCCAACUCGGCAGAACCGUUUUGAGAUUGUCUACAACCUGUUGUCUCUGCGCUUCAACUCACGGAUCCGUGUGAAGACCUACACAGAUGAGUUGACACCCAUUGAGUCCGCUAUCUCUGUGUUCAAGGCAGCCAACUGGUAUGAAAGGGAGAUCUGGGACAUGUUUGGAGUCUUCUUUGCUAACCACCCUGAUCUAAGAAGGAUCCUGACGGAUUAUGGCUUUGAGGGACAUCCUUUCCGGAAAGACUUUCCUCUAUCUGGCUAUGUUGAGUUACGCUAUGACGAUGAGGUGAAGCGGGUGGUGGCAGAGCCGGUGGAGUUGGCCCAAGAGUUCCGCAAAUUUGACCUGAACAGCCCCUGGGAGGCUUUCCCAGUCUAUCGCCAACCCCCGGAGAGUCUCAAGCUUGAAGCCGGAGAUAAGAAGCCUGAAGCCAAGUAGCUCCAGGGAAGGCAUGUGGAUCCUAGACAGCGCCAAAUAAUUGAGUGUCGGUGUAAAUAAAUUCCUACUUAGACUCAA